AUGGCCUCUUCUUCAUCAUCGCGGUGUGACUGUCAAUCAAAAAAGUCAUGUAAAAAAGCUGGUAUUCUGUCAUGUGAUGGUUGCAAUAAUCGAUUCUGUCAAGAUCACAUAGUUGAACAUCGACAAGAAUUAGAAACCGAUUUUCAACGUGUAUUAAGUGAUCGAGAUUCUCUCUACCAUCAAAUAUAUUCAAAAAUGUCCGUUAUUGACUCUCAAGCAUUUGAUUAUAUAUCAAAAUGGGAAAAUGAGACUAUUGAAACGAUAAAAACAAUCGCUGAUCAGGCUCGACGAUAUGUGCAAGAUCUACUUGAUGAGAAGAGACACAAGAUAAUAAAGAGAUAUGAGCAAUUGUCGAUGGAACUUCGACAAAGAAAAGAAAAAGAUGAUUUUUUCGAACAGGAUAUUAAAAGAUUAAGUGAAAAAUUGGAGCAAGUGAAACUUGACUGUCAAGUGAAAGAUCUGCCGAAUACUGUAAACAUCAAAGCUCGAAAUGUCGAUUUUGAUAAUGUUUUUCAUACAAGGCUGGAAAUAGCGUUACAAAGAAUUUUGAAUGAAAAUAAUCUUCUAAAAACAAUCAAUAUAAAUAAUUCUUACGGAAAAGUAUUAGCAGCGUCUGAAAACUUUGUAAGUUAUCGAGAAAACGAUCAAUUAUGCUUUUUUAAUAAAACAAAUUUUCACACCACAACAAUGUUAUGGAAAUACAUUACUAGCGAUAUAUGUUGGUGUUCGACAAUUAAGCAGUUUUUCAUAUGGACUUAUGAAGGAGGAUUCACUUUGAGUGAAUCAUUGCGGAAGGAGAAAAAAAUUAAUCAACUUCCAGCAGCUGGUUUAUUCGGUGCUCAUUCUUCCUGCAUAUGUUAUAAUAAUAUAGUUUUGUUAUGUGAUGGACCCAGUAUUGAAUUAUGGGACAUUUCAAGUUGGACAAGCAUCAAGCGAUGGGAAAAUAAUGUUGAAAGAAGUGAAGAGAUUCUUUCUGUUAGAAUUAACGAGAAAGGUAUUGUUGGAAUGACUAUUGGUCCUAUAAAUUUUGGUGACAACUUAUCAAGACGUUUCGAAUUGCGCGAUUUGUUAACAAUGAAUAUUAUGGAAUCAGUUGAGAUUGAUACUCUCAGACAUCCUUGUGCUGUUGCUAUGCCAAAUGAUGAAUGGUUGAUAUUGGGUUACGAUAAAACGACUAUAUUAUUAAUCGAUAAAAACUGUAAUAUAGAAGAGAAAAUCGACUAUCAGGUGGCAUUAAAAAGCGCUUUUGUAACCAAUACCAACAUUUUGAUCAUUCGAAUAAAAGAACCAUACCAGCUUCGUUUCUAUCAACUGUAG